CCUUGUGCCCAUGCAUCCACCUCUCUGACGACAAAGAAAACAUUACAAUUUUCGCGCGACCAGUUCGCCGAUUGCUGAGUGCAUAUACUCGGUCAUGUGCACAUCUCGCAGUUCAUUUGAUCAGCUCGGUGAGCUUCGCUUGCGUAGGCAGGGCACAGCCAUGGGACCGUCUGGCAGAAGCUGGCUCCUCGUCCUCCUCGUCUGUGCAACCCUGUGCGCCCAUGUCUCAGCAGCGGCGUCCGACACGACGGUGUUGGCGGCGGAGCGGACGCGGCGGAAGGACCCCCUCGACGGGCUCAGGUACUACACCGGCGGCUGGAACAUCAGCAACCGGCACUACCUGGCGUCGGCAGGUUUCAGCGCGGCGCCCGUGUUCGCGUUCGCGGCGCUCUGGUUCGUCGCGGUCGCGGCGGCGGCGCUCGUCGCCUGCUGCUGCAGCUGUUGCUGCCGCGGCGUCGGCAGCAGCAGCUACUCCUACUCGCGCCGGGUGUUCGCGCUCUCGCUCCUGCUCCUGCUCGUCUUCACUGCCGCAGCCGUCAUCGGGUGCGCGAUUCUGUACGACGGGCAGGGCAAGUUCAACGGCAGCACGACGGCGACGCUGGACUACGUGGUGAGCCAGGCCGACGGCGCCGCGGCCACCAUGCGCAACUUCACGGGCCUCCUGCAGACGGCGAAGACGGCGGGCGGCGGCGUGGCCUCGCUGCCCGCCGACGUCGCGCGGGGCAUCGACGACGUCGCGCGCCGGGUGGACGCGGCCUCCGACGAGCUCACCGCUCGCGCCGCCAGCAACUCCCGCAGGAUCCGGACGGCGCUGGACACCAUAAAGAAGGUCCUGAUCGGCGUCGCGGCCGUGAUGCUCGUCCUCGUGUUUCUUGGCUUGGUGUUCUCGUUGACCGGGAAGAAGUCGCUUGUGUCCAUAGUGGUGUUUCUUGGAUGGAUGAUAAUCACUGCGACACUAAUACUGUCCGGCACUUUCCUUCUCCUGCACAACGUGAUAGGGGACACCUGCGUGGCCAUGGACGAGUGGGUGGUCCAGCCGCAGGGGCAGAGCCACACCGCGCUGGACGACAUCCUCCCCUGCGCCGACGCGGCGGUGACGGCGGAGGCCCUGCGCCGGAGCAAGGAGGUCGACUUCCAGCUCGUCUCCAAGCUCAACGAGCUGGUCUCCAACGUGUCCAACCGCGACGUGCCUGCCCAGGUCGGCCCUCCGCUCUACUACAACCAGUCCGGGCCUCUCGUGCCACUCCUCUGCAGCCCCUACAACUCCGACCUCUCCGACCGACCCUGCGCCGCCGGCGAGGUCACCGCCGACAACGCGCAACAGGUGUGGCAGCGCUACGUGUGCAGCGCGACGGGGUCGUCGGGGCAGGAUGUGUGCUCGACGGUGGGCCGCCUGACGCCGGCGAUGUACUCCCAGAUGGUCACCGUGGCCGGCCUCAGCGACGGGCUGCGCCGGGAGUCCCCCGCCCUGGCCGACAUCGCGAGCUGCGCGACCGUGCGGCGCGCGUUCCAGACGGUGAGCCAGCGCGGCUGCCCGCCGCUGCGGCGGGACAGCAGCCGGGUGUACCAGGCGCUGCUCGCGGCGUCGGUGGCCGCGAUGCUCGCCGCGGCGGCGUCGGUGGUGCACGCCCGGGAGCGCCGGCGGCGCCGGGAGAGCGAGCGGUUCAAGGUGUCCCCGUACAGGCUCCCCAUCGAGGAGAAGGUGCUGCUCAACAGCCCCAGACGGCCAUACAGGCGAGUGUAAGCUUUGAUCACCAGCAAGACGCCGACGGGUUUCUGCAGCACAGUGACGACGGUGCAGGCCCGGUGUAGGGGGAAAAAAUCUGAGAGGAAGGAAAUCCGUCUUCUGUAUUGGCGUGAUAUGAACGUGUAUUUACGCAGCAGUUUUCGCAGUUGAAUUAGUUUGUCUGCCGUCAUUCACUAAUAAUGUUUUUCUUUUAUAAUAAAUCGAUUAGAGUAUUUUUAGUCAUAACUUUUCAUAUCACUGUACGAUAAUUCUUUUAUAACAAUUCAGCGAACAACACUAUAGGAGUGUGUGUCCUUCCUUGUACUAUGAUAAUUGCACACUA